GCAAACAGUCAUGUUGACACUUCCCAGUUGUGCAGUUAUCAGAGCCAGAACCGUACCGCGAAUUCUAUUGGAGUUUUCAAAUUGAUUCUUUCGUGGUCAAAAUGGGUCGCUUAAGACCUGCUGUUUUACUUAUCGCAAUCGGAUUGCUGCAAAGUAGCAUCCUUGCGGAUGAUAAGGCUUCAUCGUUAUCGGAAUGCAUUCAACGGAACAGAUAUAGCUCGGACCAGCUGAUAUUUUCUGACACAGAUAAGUCCACCGUUGAUUUUCUGACCAUAUCAGAAGUAUCACGCAGAACAUUGGAAGCUGACGUUUUCGAAUGUUUUCCUAAGUUGGAGAUGUUUACGAUAAGCGGAAAUGGACUUUCUGAAAUUGAUGGAGAUGCCUUUGGAAGUGUGCCCUCAUUACGGAUUCUGAAUAUGAGCAGAAAUGACCUAAACUCAUUGUUUGAUCAUGGGAAGCCUGUGUUAGAAGGACUGACUUUGCUUAAUCGUUUGGAUCUGAGUUCGAAUCAAUUUCGAAUGUUCAACAUCGGUUCAUUUAAAGGUUUAAGUAAUUUAACGGAGUUAAUUGUAGCAGAUAACGAGCUGGAACAAAUUUAUGGAAGAACAUUCGAGGACUUGAUCAAUCUUCAAGCGCUGGAUAUGUCACAAAACAGGAUCGACUACCUACCAAGUGCAGUUUUUUCGAUAAACACUAAACUGAAAAUCAUCACACUGAGAGAAAACCGAAUGAAAUAUCUUAGUGCAAAAGCAUUCCAAGGGCUGUACGAACUAGAAGAGCUGGACUUGUCUGCAAACGGAAUUCAUAUAUUGCCAAAAACUAUUUUUAGGCCAUUACAUAAAUUGAAAGUGCUGCUUUUGAAUGGAAAUAAUUUGGAUUUUUUGCAGGAGUCAAUAUUUUGCUCAUUGCAAAGUUUGGAAUUUAUGAAUAUUGCAGAUAACCACGUAGUUAAGCUUCAACAGUCAAUAUUCAAACCGUUAACGAAUCUCAAGCUGUUCAAUGCGCAUGGCAAUAAAUUAUCGUCAAUUCCUGACGAUUUAUUUCAAUACAAUACCUUGUUGCAGGACGUCAGUUUUAGUGACAAUCACUUUGUCAGCUUUCCUGAAAAGGCAAUUGCCACUUUGACACAAUUCAAGAGUUUAGAUUUAUCCAACAAUCUUCUAAGUUCCGCAAUAAAGAUUGAAUUAUCUAACUUAACUCACGUCAGCUUGUAUCUUAGCGGAAACAACCUUACUGACAUUCAACUUCUCAGAAAUGUCAUUCAUCUUACCAUGUCCAACAACAAGUUGGAACAACUAUCGAGUGACAAAUUUAACACUAACAUUCAUAGCAUUCAUUUGGAUCACAACAAAAUAGUAACAGUUGCCCUUGAUGCCUUCAAAAAAUUAUCGCAACUAGAAGACUUGAACCUAAGUUUUAAUUCCAUUGGAGACCUUCAACCAGCACAUCUAAGCGGCUUAUUGUCACUUAAAUAUUUGGAUUUGACAAACAUCAAUUUGAGAAAAUUACCGGAAAAAAUAUUUUCUUCACAAAACCUUCUGCAAACUCUAAGGAUAGGAGACAAUAUGUUAGAAGAGAUACCCGAGUCAACAUUUCUCGCAAUGGAAGACCUUCAAUAUCUAAGCCUUGAAAACAACAGAAUAAGAAAUUUGUCCUGCGAUUUGUUCAAAUCUAAUUACAGGCUUAACAGUCUUUACCUGCAUGACAAUCAGCUUGAACAUAUUCCUGAUGGAUUUUUCGAUGGUCUUGACAGCUUACAAAUGCUAGCAUUACAUAAUAAUAGGAUAUGGAAAAUCAACGACCGAGUACUCAAUGGAUUACGAAACGUAGAAAAGAUUGGACUUCACAAUAAUAACAUUUAUAAUCUUAGCCCGAACGCUUUCAAUGAACUAUUGCUGUUGAAAGUGAUUCACUUGUAUGACAACCGCAUCAGAGAUUUGGCACCAAACUUGUUUGAAAAUAAUAUUCUGUUGGAAGAAGUAGUGUUGAGAAAUAAUCUUAUUUCAGCCAUCCCCCAAGCUACGUUUCGAUAUUUGACAAAACUUCAAAUCCUGGAUCUGUCUGGUAACAAGAUAACGAAAGUUGAUGCUCAGACCUUUCAACAGUGUGGAGCCCUACGAGAGCUUUGGCUCGGUGGAAAUGAGAUAAGAACUAUCAAUGAAGGAACUCUACGAAGUCAAAAGAACUUGGAAAUGUUGGACCUCAGUCAAAAUAAGAUUUCGGAUAUUAGAGCUGAUACAUUUCAAAACUUGGUUAAUUUGAAGCGGUUAUAUCUGGGAAAUAACAGAAUCAAAGUGCUCCCUUCUACGCAUCUUAAAAGUCUCAUCAAUUUGAGAGUACUCUCUGUGUUCAAUAACAACUUGGAAUCACUGCACAACGAUCAGUUUCUUAAUAAUGAAGCUCUAGAAGAACUGUUUUUGGAUGGAAACGAGAUAUCAGAAAUAUCGACAAAUGCGUUCAACGGACUCAGCCGUUUGAGGAUACUCUAUUUAUCGAAAAACAAGUUGACCGAGAUUCAGGAAGGAGUUUUUGGUGCAUUGGCUGCUCUAACGGAGCUUAAAUUAGACAGAAAUUCUCUAGUUGAGCUUCCAGCUGAAUUACUUCACCAACAAAAAGCUCUCGAGUUCUUGUGUUUGUCAGAAAACAAAUUAAGUUCCAUUCCGGAAGAUCUUAUUCAUAACAACAUAAACCUUAAGAUUCUUGAGAUCAACGACAAUCAGCUAACAUCAAUUCCAGAGUUUUUCUUCUGUCCUGCUUUACAACUAACUGAACUCUACUUGGAAAAUAACCUCAUAGAAGAUCUGCCUGAGCAAAUAUUCAACAAAAACUCUCGUUUGAAAAUUCUAAACAUAGCUGGAAACGCACUUUUGCAGUUUGAUAUUCUCAAAACCGGAUUUGCAGAAAAUUUACAAAUCUUAGACAUUCAAGGCAACCAACUCCAAAUGGUUCAAAUUCCUCGAAAUCUGAUCAAACUGUUUGCCCAAGACAAUCAUAUUGAAACAGUGUUCAUGGAACAAUCGUCGUACCAUCAAUUAGAAGUCCUAAUAUUAUCCGGUAACAGUUUGCAAAAAGUGGACAAGUUAUUCAAACUGAACCGAUUAAAGUCAAUGGAUCUGUCAAGAAACAAACUAAAUGAACUGGACAUUAGUCGAGUGUAUAAACUACCGCACUUGGUGGAUUUGAAUGUUUCAAGAUCAGAGGUACAGUCUCUAACAGGAGUGCUGCAUAAGGAACAUCACAGUUUAGUCUCGCUUGAUCUAACCGGUAACAUGAUAGCGCAUUUUGAUUACUUUGUUUCGAUAUUUUUCACAUCUUUACUGAAGUUAGGUGUUACAGGAAAUCCUUUCGUUAAUGAGGAUUUUUAUGACAACAUGGAACUGUUGAGAAGUAUUGAUGCGUUGCAAGAGAACUUUGAACUUUUUUAGGUUAUUUUGGUAGAGAUUUGAAAUUGUACUCAGAUAUAGUUAUGAUUAUUUUAAGUUUAGAGCUGUUUUGGCAAUAUUUUUUUUUUCAGAAGCUAAGUAGUUUUAAUUUCAACAGUAAUUUGAAAGCAAAUACAUUCAGACUCAGUCUGUUAGUUCAUUAUCAAUGAUUCUAAGUGAUCGAAUAUAAGUUUUAAGGAUAGGAUUAAAUAUAGUGUUGUAACUUGUGAUUUCGUUUCGUUACUUCUGAACAAAUGGUGGAGCAACUGUAUACAAAACUAAUUAUUGAUAUCGUUUCUUCAGCUCAUGAAUUGAAUUCCAUAAUUGAAUUUUCCUUGAUUUCCAUGGACUUAAAGUCGUUUCGUAUAGAAUACUAAGUUGAAAUCAGGUUCUGUCCCAGUAGGGACAGAUCGACAAGAAUAAAAAUGAGAUAGAAUAUACUUUAUAUUUUAAAUUGACUUCUCCCAUAUUAUCGUACAUUGAGUACCACCGUAAGGAGUUACAUUGUGUCUAGGGAGUGAAUUUGAUCAGUAGGUGUCUAAAAUUAAUCUAUUACAACCUAGCUGCUAUUUCAAAUGUAUUCUUGAAACUUGUCCCAUUUUCUACAUUACACAUUCUAAUUUUAUUGAGCUGUUAAUAUGUUGACAGAAAUUCUCCACACACGACGGAGCGCAGAGCUUUUAGUAUCAGGUAGGGUAAGUGAAUGAUCAGUAAGGUAGCGUAUUUUUAAUCGAUUCUAAUAGAUCAACAUGUAACUAUUAUGAUACAAAAACUAUUCUUGUUAUAUAUGGCAUAAAUUACAACAAAUAUAUUGUUUUAU